UAAAGCUAUUAUUUGCUAUUAAAGCUUUGAUUCAAAGAUUUAGAUUUAUUGAAAAUAAUUAAUGUAAAAUCAUAGAUGAACCGGUCUCCGGUUUUCUAAACGAGUUAUUCUCUUAGUAGCGUAUUAUCCAAGGCCAACUUAGUCAUUUGCAUGUCACGUGGUUAGUAUGAACCAAUCUUGUUUCAGGUUGUCGGGGUCCUGUAAUUAGUCGGGAAAAUAUAAAAAGCCUUGCUGUCAAUUGAUUUUUUUAAUGCUUUGCCCUACUUUGCUUCACUGGAUUGGAUUACGAAAAGCAAUGGUUUUAAUUACUGUCCGGUUAAUUUUGUUGGUUGUCAUGUAAAAAUGGAACGGCAAGAGCUAGGCGGGGAGAAAGCCAGAAGUUUUUACACUUCUGCAUUUGGAGCGCACUCGAGUCGAUGUUCGCCUUUUUUGCUUUCGGAUACACCGAGCUCUCUGAGCCCCGAUCCUCUAUCUACUUACGUAUCCUUUCCCAAUACAGCGUCGUGUACCAACUCACAAGUUACUUUUGGGUGCCACUUCGCCAACGGUUUCUACAGUUGUAAAGCUUCCCCAAGUCCAAUGUUUCAGCAACGAGUCAUGAACCACCACGGCGUUAAUGGAAAGGUAUAUGGACACUUGUCUGAUAAGCAAGAUAUGAUGGACUUCAGUAAAGCCGCGUUACACUGCGCUGAAGGACCGACCCGGGUUCGGGACGUUAGUGUGUAUCAGGGCUAUGCAGGACAAUAUAGAAUCCCCGGAUGUGUUGAUGUACCUGUAGCUCAGCGCGCCAGGACCAGAGAUCACAAACACGAAAGUACUUUCGCAAUGGAGGACUACGACCCCUGGAAUUGGUCGUCUAGUUGGAGCAACCAACUGUAUUGUCCAAAAGAGCAAGCAGCCAGCCCGCAUAUCUGGAAAUCGUCACUAACAGACCCAGCGCCUGAUACCAGCCCUUUUCUUCGGCGCGGGAGGAAGAAACGGGUUCCAUAUACAAAAUUGCAGCUGAAAGAACUCGAGCAUGAAUACACCAUCACAAAGUUUAUUACCAAAGAGAGGCGUCGACGGAUAGCCUCCUCUACUAACCUGUCAGAGAGACAAGUCACUAUAUGGUUUCAGAAUCGCCGUGUCAAAGACAAGAAAAUAAUUUCAAAAAUAUCUAAAGAUUUUGAAUUAUUUUAAUUAUUUUCCACAGAUAUUACACAUAUUCGUUAAUGGUCUGAGGGUCCACAUUUAUUGUUAAUGUGUCUUAUUGUGCUGUCAGUUUUAUUGGUGCUUCUAUUUUAAAAGCUUUAAAUAUAUUAAUAAAUGAUAUGAUUUAUUUCGCAAGCACCACUAUGUUCUCCAGACUCAUAUUUCUAAGGAUUAAGGCUGCUGAGAACAUUUUUAUUAUACGCUAUAUACUAAUACUACGAUAUUAUUUUGUUCUACGUUAAGGUCGGUUUAGUUUCGUUAUAUGCAUUUUGGUUUUGUUUAUAUCUAAAUAACGACUUAUUUCAGUGUUUUCUUAAGAAAAUGUCAUUACAUAAUUUGUAAUUGUAAGCAUGCACUUGAAAGUAUUGAACCCAUGGAGAAUGUUAUAAGGAAACAAUGUAAAUUAAGCAAAUCAGAUUCAACCACAUAAACAAAACGUUUGCGAUUUUAUUUUGUGAAAACAUGAAGCAAGACAAUAAAUAAUAUAUUUGCAGUGAUUUGGAAAUUACUGUGUAAACGA